ACAUAAAUACAGGGGGUGUAUUCGGGAAUAAAAAAAGAAGGGAGAAGACUGAAUUAUAAAACCCUAGCCAGUAUUUAUCUUCGAGAAUUCCCCGCAUCUGUUAAACCUUUGGCACGGAGACUGUUCGUAGUUGGCCCUCGUCUCUGUCAGGCUAAACAGUGGAUUGAACGAUAAGCGAAAAUGUAUCUCCAGUUCUACAUAAACGAGAAUGGUGACAAAGUUUAUACCACUAAGAAAGAAUCGCCACUGGGACUGGCCACACAAUCAGCUCAUCCAGCCCGUUUCUCCCCUGAUGACAAAUACUCAAGGCAAAGAGUUCUUCUGAAGAAGCGUUUUGGAUUGUUGCCGACCCAGCAGGCACCUCAAAAGUAUUGAUUCAGCCGAUAAACUGUCCUGUUUUGAAGCUUCUUGCAUGAAAAAAUGUUCUGGUUUGCCAUGAUUUAGUUUUUGGAUGGUUGAACUAAUGUUGAUGUAGUUUCUCUGCAACCUUGUCAUCAACUUUAAAUGUUUCGUGAUGUUUAAAAACUUGCUUCCAGACAUUUGAAUUCAAUUAUAGUGAGGGAUGAGGGAGGAUGAUUGUGUUAAAAGCUCCUUUGUUCGUUG